AUGGAGAGAUCGAGUCUGGAGGACGGCGUGGGAUAUGCGAAAUUCAAGAUGGACGAAGCACGCGAAAUGAAAGAAGUGCAAAUGAGGCCAUUGAGGAGAAGCUCGCAGGUACUCACGAAACCAGCCCCAAUUCAUGCCGAAAAUUUGUCAAAAUCUCUACCAACGAGGAGAAGGUCUCUGGAUGGGUCGCCAAACAACAGGCAAUCGAGUAGUCGCGACGUAGAAGUGUCAAGGCAACGGAUAGAUGCAAUGACUGUAGAGGAGAGAAUAGACGACUAUCAUGAUCUCAAAGAGAAAUACAGCGAGCUGAAGCGGGAGUACAAGCUCGCAAACCGCGAUGUCCGAGAGCAAUCACUCGAGCUUCGAGACAUCAAGCGCCAGAAUGCUUCGCUCAUGGAGGCAUACAGUGCCAUCCAGAAGGAGCUCCAGGCUGUUUCCUCCGGCAAAGGCAAGCUCACCAACACAGAACGUUCCAAGUACAUGGAGCACUUCCAGAUGCUGGAGGAGCAAGCCGCCUACUUCCAGCAAGAAUAUCGGAAACGCGAUGCCCACCUAUCCUACCUGACCAAACAAACCAGAGAUGCCAACGGCGAGAAAGAAGCCGCCGAAGAAGAAUCUCGCAAGCUGCAACGCAAGAUCCGCGAUCUCAGCGCCAGCUUGACAGAAUGCCGAGAUGAUCUGCUCCGCCUACAGCCGCCACCACAAGCCAGCGACAGCGAGGUAGCAGAAAUGUACUCGAAUCUCGUAGGCCAGAUCUCCGGCUGGGUAGAUGAGAAGACCGAAGAUCCGGAGAAACUGGAAGCUUGGUUCGACAACCUCAAGACUCCCAGCGAGAUACCGCAAGAUUUCCGGAAUGAUCUUCCUCAGCGACUGUACAAGAUCGCAAAGCAGCAUCCCGAGUGUCUGCCAUCACUGAUGCAACAUCUCAUCCACUCCAAGAUCCUAGUGGAGAUCCUCAGCCCCAAAGUCUUCGUCUACGGUCUCGAUGAGAACAACACCCUUCUCUUACAAGGUAUUGAGGAAGGCAUGUCAGAGCUGGAACCGAAACGAGACGCCCUUACACUCCGACGCCACCGCUCCGAAACCCUCCGUGGCCUAAUAAAAAUGUCCGCCUUCGCCACAGAACAAACCCACCAAUCCCACCUCCUCGCUACCACCCUCUCCACCGCGCUCUCUACAAUCCUCUCCCCCACCCACCCCAUCGACCCCUCCGACCUCCACGCCCGCCUCCUCGCCCCCACCGUCAAACUCUCAAACACCCUCCGCACCUCAACAACAGACUACAACCUCUUCUCCCACGCCUUCGCCCGCUCCCCCAACGCCGCCUACUCCGUCCACCGCAACGAAAUCCAGCACUACGGCAUGGUCGACAACGCGACUUCCAAACCCAUAAAAAUGGACAGUAAUUUGAGCGUGAGAGAGGAUGGGAGGAUUGGUGAGGAGUUGUUUGUGGUUAGUCCCGGGAUGGUGAGGGGAGGGGCGGGGGGAAGGGAAACUCCGCAGGUUUUGGUCAAGCCGGUGUUGUUGGUUAGCCUGGAUGAGCCCAUGGGGAGGAAAUCGAGGGUUCCGAAGGGUUUGGGGGGGUGGACUAGUUCGUGGUUUGGAGGUGGAGGGGGGGGGGAGGGGGGAGUGGUGGUGGAGGAGGUGGAGGAGGAGGAGGGGGUAAGGAAGAUGAGAGGGAUAGAGAGAGGGAGAGGGACAGGGACAGGGACAGGGGUGAGAAGUCAGAAGGUGCGGAGAGAGGAGAGAGAGGUUAGACUGAGAGAUCCUCAGGAGAUAGUAGCUCUGGAGUCAUGCUAG